AUGUCAGGCUCGCCACCUCCAGAAUAUAGAUCAGACCUAUCCCACGGAUUGAGACAUUCUGGGCGGUCCGACUCUCCAGCAUCAAACUUGAAUUAUCCUGGGUCGCAUAAUGAUUAUCAAGCCCAUCAUAUAAAUCGAGGACAGGGAAUUGAUCGCGCUGUUAGCGACCCGAGGCAGCCUCAGAUGGCAACACAGUCGGUUCAGCAGUUCGGGCUUCCGCCCAUGAAUGAAAUGCGCCCCUCGCACUUAUUAUCAGGGUUUGGGGGACCUAGUACUAUACCUCAACGGACGACUACACUUCCGCCACGGUCAACUCGCCGAGCGAAAGCGCAUGUUGCAUCUGCGUGUGUUAAUUGCAAGAGAAAGCAUCUAGGAUGUGAUUCAGCACGGCCAUGUCGAAGAUGCGUUGUUGCAGGCAAGGAAGACUCGUGUGUGGAUGUAACUCAUAAGCGUCGUGGCCGACCGCCAUUAAAAGCGGAGGAAGGCCCAAUUCGGGGUUACGAGUCAACCUUUGGGCAACCAGGAAUAUUGCGAGUUUCUGGGCCCCUGGCGCCUGCUCGAGGGCAUAAACGAAACCCCUCGUCCAGAGAAAUCAGGCCAAGCACAGACUUCAAUCAAUCAAGAGCUCUGGCUGAAAAUGAAGCGGAACGGAGGAUGGGGUCCAGUCCCACGACUGCAAUGCAGCCUCCUUUAUGGACGCCUCCAGUAUUGCCAUCCCCGUCUCCCUUUACAUCUGCUAAUAUGCCCCCAAGGCGACCAGCGUCUAGUGGCCAGCAGCCGGCAGCCCAGUCUCCCAGUCAUGACUACCAGGCGCGGGAAAAUCAGGUGCAAAGACCCAUGGGUCGCGUGUCACCAAUGCACUCGUUCUCCGGAGAGGGACCGCGGUCUUCAUGUUCGCCACAUAUGGCCUAUAAGCCAAGGAGUCCGACCGACUCAUCCUCGUUCUCAAGCCCAGGGCCAUCUGGUAGCUGGCCAGCCGGUUACCAGCCCUCAGAUCAAGGCUUGGCUUCCUUUAAGCUUCCCCCAAUCCUUGCAAGAGGCUCUGAUAUCCCACCAAAAGAUGCAGCCCCCAGACGAUUUCCUUCGUUGCCAUGGUUGGAAACAGAACAACGACAUCAUGUGACAUCAGACCGCACCGGCCCAACAUCUGAUUCCUCUAAUCCUAUUUCUCCUUACCGUCGCGGCUCUGUACUGAGCAGCUCCACCCAUGUCUCGCCCACUUCCCCAGUAUCUCUUCCUCCUUUACGCACAACAGGGUUACAGCAAGCGCCGGUUGAUCAGCUACAAACUCCAAUAGAGGACAACCAGAAGGAUGACGAAAACCGCCCUGCCAAGCGCCUUAGAAUGGAGUUGGGCGAAAUGGUGAAUGAUUAG